GCUCCGCCCCUUGGCAGGCCCCUGUGUCCAAUGGAACGGCCUUGGAAGAGACCCGGGCCGCCUCCGGAGCUUCAAAAACGUGUGAGGAGGGAAGAGGGUGCAGACGGAGCUCCAGCUGCCGCCACCGUGCUCAGAGUCAGCGCCACCACUGCCCCGGCCGCAGCCCACCAGCCAGCAUGUCCGCUGCUCACUUCAACAGAGGCCCUGCCUACGGGCUGUCGGCCGAGGUCAAGAACAAGCUGGCCCAGAAGUACGACCACCAGCGGGAGCAGGAGCUGAGAGAGUGGAUCGAGGGGGUGACGGGGCGCCGCAUCGGCAACAACUUCAUGGACGGCCUGAAGGACGGCAUCAUUCUUUGCGAGUUCAUCAACAAGCUCCAGCCAGGCUCCGUGAAGAAGGUCAACGAGUCCACCCAAAACUGGCACCAGCUGGAGAACAUCGGCAACUUCAUCAAGGCCAUCACCAAGUACGGGGUGAAGCCCCAUGACAUCUUUGAGGCCAACGACCUGUUUGAGAACACCAACCACACCCAGGUGCAGUCCACCCUCCUGGCCCUCGCCAGCAUGGCCAAGACGAAAGGAAACAAGGUGAACGUGGGGGUGAAGUACGCCGAGAAGCAGGAGCGGAAAUUUGAGCCCGAGAAGCUAAGAGAAGGGAGGAACAUCAUCGGGCUGCAGAUGGGUACCAACAAGUUUGCCAGCCAGCAGGGCAUGACGGCCUACGGCACCCGGCGCCACCUCUACGACCCCAAGCUGGGCACAGACCAGCCCCUGGACCAGGCCACCAUCAGCCUGCAAAUGGGCACCAACAAGGGUGCCAGCCAGGCCGGCAUGACCGCGCCAGGGACCAAGCGGCAGAUCUUCGAGCCCGGGCUGGGCAUGGAGCACUGCGACACGCUCAAUGUCAGCCUGCAGAUGGGCAGCAACAAGGGGGCCUCGCAGCGGGGCAUGACCGUGUACGGGCUGCCGCGCCAGGUCUACGACCCCAAGUACUGCCUGAACCCCGACUACCCGGAGCUGGGCGAGCCCGCGCACAACCACCACCCGCACAACUACUACAACUCCGCCUAGGCCGCCGCCUCCCCGCCUUCCCCCCAGGGAGGCUGGCCGCUGCCCUUGGCUGGACCCCGCCGGCCCAGCCGACCCCUCUCCCUGCAUGGCGCCCUCCAGCCCCCUGGCACCUGCCUACAGGGUUAGAGUUUGGGGCAAGCAGACUGGGGGGCCUGUGGGGGACCCCUCCCUGUAGUGCUGCAGGGUCCAACAUAAAGCCGGGUGUCCCCAACAGCACCCAAAGGACGCACUGAGCAAAGCUAUUCCAGCUGUCGCCCCACUCCCUCACAAGUGGGUACCCCCAGGACCAGAAGCCCCCCAAGCGAAGCCCCCAGAGCCCAGGCUCGGCCUGCCCCCACCCUGUCCCCAUAGUGGGAGCAAACUGCAUGCCCAGAGACCCAGCGGACACACGCGGUUUGGUUUGCAGCGACUGGCGUACGUGGAUGUGACAGCAGCGUUUGGAACGCGAGCACUUUGUUUUUUCUACUUCACUGGAGCACAAUAAACGGCUGUAAAGUCA